AUGCAAGGGAUCCAAUCACGGGAGACAACCUGCUGCACGCUUGGCAGCAACCCCGUCCUGGUGCGAAAGCAGAGCACGGGGAAGGAGCAGCUCCUGGCCAAGGACAAGUCCAGCGGCCUCGUCCACCGCGACGAGUUCUACCUCCUGCCCGGCGAGGACUCGCUCCAAUUCUCUGUCGACAUGCCCUCGACCACCUCGACCACGACCACGACCACCUCGGCCUCGGCCUCAUCAGCCACCUUAACUACUGAGAGCAACGGAAAGAAAAGGAAAAUGCCCAGCACGUUCGUGGAGGGAGAGGGCGGGGCUGCGACUAAGAACAGAGAAGAAGAGGAGGAGACGACAGGCGCUGCGGCUGCGAAGCCCGCGGCCAAGAAGAAGCCCAAGGUGGAAGAGGAAGCGGAUGAGCGCCAACAACAGAAAAAGCAGGUGGACACGCGGCCCAAGUGCAUGUAUGGCAAGGCCUGCUAUCGCAAGAAUGCGGACCACCUGAAAGCGUUCUCGCACGUUUUCGAUGACGACGGGGUAGAGCAGACACCUGCCACGAAGAAGAAGACAACGAAUCCGGCCGGAGCCACCAAGAAGUGGGAGCCCGAGAAGGAACUCGACGACGACGAAGACGAAGGCAGCAUUCUUCUGCCGCCCGAGGACAACAACAACGAAGGGAGGAUUUCCUAUGCCACGCCGCCCAAGAUGCGCUGGACCUGCGUGGAGGGGACGCUGUUCGUACUCAACGGAGUCGAUGUCAAGCCCUCCGCCAAGAUCGCGUCCUUCGAUAUGGAUUCGACGUUGAUUGUGACCAAGAGCGGGCGAGUCUUCCCGCAGAGCCGUACUGACUGGCAGUGGAUGUACUCCAGCAUUCCCGACGCGUUGCGGAGACUGCACAGGUCGGGCUUCAAGAUCGUCAUCUUCACCAACCAGGGGGGCAUCAAAAAGAGCGAAGCCAAAGCCGACGAGAUCAAGGGCAAGAUAUGGGACCUGUGGGAGGACUUGGGGGUGCCCAUCCAGGCGUUCAUCGCCGGCGGCGGUGACUCCUGGCGCAAGCCGUCCACCGACAUGUGGGACUUCAUGUGCCGCCACUGCAACGGAGGCGUGGCUGUGGACAUGGAGAGCUCGUUCUACUGCGGCGACGCAGCAGGUCGCUCGGCCGAUCCCACGCAGGGCCGGCCAAAGCGCGACUUCAGCUGCGGCGAUCGAAAAUUCGCUGCGAACAUCGGCGUGAACUUCCACACGCCAGAGGCCCAUUUCCUGAAACAGAAAGAGGCCGAGUUUGAAUGGGGUGGGGUCAAUCCCAAGUCCCUCUACCUGGCCGCCCAGAAGCACUCCCUCAUCGAAGGCGUAAAAGGAAAAUCGGUCAAGGUUGCGUCGGAUACGCAGGAACUGGUCGUCUUUGUGGGCUUUCCUGCCAGCGGUAAGAGCACCUUCGCCGAGCGCUACUUCGUGCCCGAGGGCUACGUGCGCGUCAACCAGGCGUUGGACGAAGGUUCGUCGGUGGUGAUCGACAACACGAACCCGUCGCCCGCCGUUCGCGCCGAAUACCUCGCGCUGGCCAAGAAGCGAGGCCUGCCAGCGCGCUGUUUCUAUUUCGCCACCAGCAAGGAUGUGGCCAAGCACCUGAACCACUUCCGCGAGAGGCUGACGGACGGCGAGCGCAGGCACGUUCCGGACAUGGGGUACAACAUCUAUGCCAAGAACUUCAAGGAACCGAAGCCCAGCGAGGGCUUCACGGAGGUGAAGAAGAUCAACUUCGUGCCUCGCUUCGACUCCAAACUAGAGGAACGCCUCUUCCUCCAGUUCACAGCCGACUGA